CGUCUUCUAUCCUGUUAGGGUUUGCAGAGUUUCAAUUUACUCUCAUAAUAUCGCAAUUCCUCCCUAUUUCUCAUAUUGAUAACUCACGAAUUCCAAUACUAUAGCACCCUGGUUCUCUGAUAACUGUAUUUGAAGAUUCCCCUGAUAUUUUCAGGGACACAUUUUUUUUUUUCUUUUUCUUUUCAAAUCUUAAAAAAAAAAUCUUAAGAUUAUUGGGGAUCAGGUGAUAGGAGAUGCCUCGAGACUUGUCGCGAUCACGAUCGCCUCCCUAUAGGCGUAGGCAUUCACCAUCUCCUGUGGGACACAGGUAUAGCAGGAGGAGCAGAAGAGACAGAAGCCGAUCUCCGUAUUCAUCAUCCUACUCUUACAGCAGGCGAAAAAGUCGUUCUAUUUCGCCAAGAGGCCACAGAAGUCCUUCUACCACUCCAAGGCGUCGUAAAAGUCGAUCUCCAACUGCAAAACGGUACAGAAGACAUAGAAGUAGGAGUUCCUCAUUGUCUCCUACUCAUAAAUCAUCCAGUUCAAGCCUUGGGUCAAUAGAGCAUAAAACUGCCAUUGAAAAACAAAAGAAAGAAGAAGAGAAGAAAAGGCGUCAACAGGAAGCAGAGUUGAAAUUAAUAGAAGAAGAGACUACUAAAAGAGUUGAAGAAGCAAUUCGUAAGAGAGUUGAAGAAAGCUUGAAUUCUGAGGAGGUUCGGGUGGAAAUUGAAAGGAGGUUGGAAGAGGGACGAAAGAGACUUAGUGAUGAAGUUGCAGCUCAACUUGAAAAGGAAAAAGAAGCUGCUCUUAUUGAGGCUAGACAGAAGGAGGAACAAGCUCGGAAAGAGAAAGAAAAUCUUGAAAGGAUGCUUGAGGAGAACCGGCGGAAGAUUGAAGAAGCACAGAGAAGGGAAGCUUUAGAGCAGCAAAGGAGGGAGGAGGAACGAUAUAGAGAGCUAGAAGAGGUACAGAGACAGAAAGAAGAGGCCAUGCGUAGGAAGAAACAGGAGGAGGAGCAAGAACGUUUAAACCAAAUAAAGUUGUUGGGUAAAAACAAAUCCCGACCAAAAUUGUCAUUUGCUCUUGGAUCGAAAUAACCCUUGGGUAACCUUUGUCUAUUUGUUUGAUCUAAAGCGUUUGGGCUUGAUUCCGUAUUUGCAUCUGUAAUUUGAGGAAAUUACGUAGCCUCCUCAGCUUUAGUUUGACAGGGUUUUAACUGUUCCCAGUUUGCAUUAGAUUUCUUUUUCUUUUUUUUCAUGUCCAAUUAAUUAUCCACUUGAU